AUGUAUUUUGAAAUCGAAGAAUUCGUACGUAUUAAAGGCGAGUCGUCAUAUGCAUUAGGAAGGAGAUUUGAGCUGUUUUGUUGUGAGUUGUUGGCGAGGUAUUUUGAAGAACUAGGUGCGAUAGUUACACAUACGGGGGCGAGUAGUGAUGGAGGUCGAGAUAUUAUUGUGGAUAUGGAUGGCUAUAGAUUCGUGGUUCAAUGUCGAGAAGAAGCUGAUGCGUUUUUAACAGUAGUUCGAAGAGGAAAUUUUGAUUUUGGAAUUCUUGUUGGGGUCUUGGAACAAAAAAUUGCAAAAGGGGCAUAUGAUGCGGCUGAUGAGUCAGGAGGCGAUAUUAUUGUUACUUUGUAUACUAGAAUGUGUCAAGAUAUUAAGAGGUUGAUCGCUGGUCGAUUAACUGAACAAAUUCGCAUAUUAGAAAAUAGAAAUAGAUUAUUUAUUUUAAAUUAUAAUUUAAUAUAUUAUUCAUUCUCUGUAAC